AGUAGGUAAGUACAUCAAAAAGAUUGUCCCUUUUUCUUAAGCUCUUUUUCAACUCCCGGGAAACUUCACCACCUACUUUACUUUAACCAUCUCUCUCUCUCUCCUUUCUUCUCUCUUCUCUCUUCUCUCCGUCAACUCCCUGAAAAAACGUAACCCACGCCAUCACAUUCACACCCUCCUCACCUCCUCUCUUCUCCAAUUCUUCAACUCCUAAAAACCAAACAUUACAACAAAACCAAACACAACCUUUAAAAAAAAAAAAAAAAAUUAAAUCACUCUUUAGAAAUGACGGUACUAGUAGUAGUUCACUCUCCACCUCCUCCUUCUAGCACCUUCUAAAUGCCACGUGGCAGACACCAAUGGCGUCGCGAAACGGCGGACUCGAGACCGAAGAAAACACCCAGAAAGUGGGCCAGACGUUCCGGGCCCUGGUGGAGAAGGCUGACCGGAAGUUCUCCCGGGUAAGGGACCUGCCCGCUUUCGGACCCGGCCCGAACCCGACCCGGUACAUGAACAAGGUGUUCAAGGCGUACACGAAGGUGUGGGAUUACCAGAGGAAGAACCGGGCCAAGCUGGUGGGUUCGGGCCUGCAGAGGUGGGAAAUCGGGGAGAUCGCGUCUCGGAUCGGGCAGCUGUAUUUCGGGCAGUACAUGAGGAGUAGUGAAGCUAGGUUUUUAGUGGAGUCGUAUGUAUUUUACGAGGCUAUUCUGAAUCGUGGGUAUUUUCAAGGUGGUAAAGAACAUGGUGGUGGGGUUAGUGUUAGGUUUAAGGAAUUGAGGUUUUUUGCAAGGUUUUUGUUGGUUGCUUUGAUUUUAAAUCGUCGUGAUGUUGUUACUUUGCUCGUUGACCGUUUCAAGGCUCUUGUUGAUGAUAGCCGUGCUACUUUUUGGGAAACUAGCUUCAAAGAGUGGAGGCAAGUAGUUCAAGAGAUUGUUCGUUUUGUGGAUGUUGACAAGCCGUUCCCAAAUGCUCGGCCUUUGCGUUACUGUGCCAUGUUUGACACUCAUCCAGACUCGUUGCCAUAUGUGGCUCGUUUCCAUGCAAAGAAAGUUUUGAAGUUGAAAGAUGCAGUGUUAACUAGCUAUCACCGGAACGAGGUUAAGUUUGCAGAAGUGACGUUAGACACAUACAGAAUGCUGCAAUGUUUAGAAUGGGAGCCAAGUGGAUCAUUUUACCAAAAGCAUCCAAGUGAACCUGUUGAAAAUGGUAUUCACAAGGAUUUUUCUGGUACCUCUGGGCUGAUUGACAUAAAUUUGGCUGCUGAUUUGACGGAUCCCACCUUGCCCCCAAAUCCAAGGAAGGCAGUUCUCUAUCGUCCGACAGCGACACACUUGAUUGCUGUUAUUGCGACAAUGUGUGAAGAGCUCCCACCAGAUAGUAUUAUGCUAAUAUAUGUGUCAUCAUCUUUGGGAACAACUAGUUCCACGAGCACGGACAGCUCUGGCGGUUCUAGAAGAUUUUCAAAGAGUAAAGUAUUGUUUUCAGCUGCUCGUGACCAGAACACGUCUCCUGGAGAUAGCAAAAAGGGAUAUUUAAGUGGUUAUUAUGAUAAUUCCUUGUGUUUAAGUCCACGUGGAAUUAGAGGUGCAAAUUACCUUUAUCCUGGAGACUUAUUACCCUUCACUAGGAGGCCUCUCUUCUUAGUUAUUGACAGUGAUAACAGCCAUGCAUUCAAGAUUAUUCAUGGUUCAGAAAGAGGGGAGCCAUCAGCACUGUUACUAUCCCCAUCAAAGCCGUCAUUCAAGAGCCCUCCUAAUGUGGAUGCAACUGAAAAUGGGAGUCAGUUCACUCUGUUUUUGACAGCUCCUCUGCUAGCAUUCUGCCAAGUGGUUGGCCUCUCUGCCUCUGAUAGAGAAACAGACAUUUAUGAUGAGGCUGAAAACAUAAUUGCAAAUGCCUUUGCUAAAUGGGAAAUGAUGUUAUGCUCGUCAACAAAAAUUGAUCUUGUUUGGGCUCAAGUACUUUCAGAUCCUUUCCUCCGUCGCAUUAUUCUUAGAUUUGUAUUCUGCGAUGCCGUGUUAUCUCUCUUUCACUCUCCUGAUGCAAGGGAUUCAUACGUGCCUAGUUGCUUGCCACAUCUUCCGGGUUUUGUAUCGCCUGAUGCAGAAGCUGUUGAGUCGUAUAUUCAACGGCUUGCUGAGCACCUCAAAGUUUCCGACUGUUUCUACAACAUGUAAUUGUAAGCUGGUAUCUUGUCAGCGCAUUGUAAGGCUUACUACUAGAUUACAAGUUUUGUUAUUCCAGUGCGACACUCCCGGAAGAUACCGUAUCACUUUUUGUGGCUAUGGCGAAUAGAGCUUCUGGGAAAGGCUGUACUACAGAGCAUUUGGGAUGAUGGCACUUCAACUGAUGGGAAGUUGUAUUUAGGUGUCAUUGGGCGGAUUCUUGUUGUGGUAUACGAUGUGAAAAUAGUGUGUAGAUGGUUUUUUCUUCUUUUUUUUUUUUUUUUUUUUUUUUAAUCUUUUAUUUUUUUUCCUGGGAGGUGGAUAUUAGCUUAAUGUUCUAGCAAAUUGCUGUUAUUGUGUUAUAUUUCUUAAUAAUAUUUAUACAGGAAAUGCUGAAUUUCGUCACACUUCUGUACAAGAAUAAUUUGAUCCAAUAUUAGAAGUGCUCUCAAAAAAGAAAUUUGAAGUGAGGCAAUGCCCAAUA